CAUGAUCUGAGGCAUCGUCAUGGAGAUCUCCGCACGGCUGCCAUCGCUCCCUCUGCGAUAUCAGAAUCCCCGCAGACAGACGGCACUCAUCGCUCUGAUUCUGUGCUCCGCCUUCCCAUGCGUCAUCGGCCACGCCAGCAGCUCUCCCUGGUCGGCGCUGAGCAGCCAAGCACCAAUCAAGAGGCUGCGGUGGCUCCAUAUGGAUCUGCCAUACCGGGACGGGACAAGCCGACCUCUGUCACUCAUCGUCUGUCGGCCUGUGAGAGGGCGGCAUCGGCUUUCUCCCACUGCCGCAGUGCAGCCGCGGUCGGCUCACCCGGUGCUUCAUCCGCUGCCGCAGGUUAUCGCUGCUUCUGACGACCAUCAUCACAACCGGCAACAGCACUUGAUGGAUCACUUCCCGCUUGAUCCCCCUAGUCGUGGCGGGUUCAGCCACCCUGUCAUGCCCCCUCUCCCUCUCCCUCUCCCCCCCAUCCCCGCCCCUACGCCCGCCUUCCGCCGUGAUCAUCUGACAGACGACGACCUUCUCGACGUGCUGCCGACCCUCACCGACGUGAGUGCCAUCCUCACUCUCGUCGACAGGCAUAUGCGCGAGAGCGACCGUCCUGUUGAUCCGCUCACCCUCUCGGUGGCCUUCACCUGUCUGGGCAGGAGAGUGGGUCUCUUCCGCGUCAAAGGGACGGUGCAGAUGCUCGCCACCGACCCGAGGUUCGCCGCCCUGCAGGAGAGGCUCAUGGCGGUGGUGCGGCUGCAGCGGGUGAGGGGGGACGGGCCGUAUGGCGACAUGCUAUGUGCGCAGAUGGUGCUGGUGGCUGCCAGGAUGGGGCUGCACCAGGGGCAGCUUUAUCGGGAGCUCAAGGGGGUGCUGGUGGGCAUGGUGCAGCAGGGGCGGGUGGGGGUGGAGACGCUGGGUGACCUGGUGGCUGCACUGGCUGCGGCGGGCGACCGGGAUGAGGGGAUGAUUCGAGCGGCUGUUGGUUCUAUGAGCGACAAGUGGCGUCAAUUCGACCAAGAGGUGUGUACGGUUUGUAUGGACGAAAGACGAACACACCCAAUCAGUCGUUCAUGUGCGUCCGCCUGUGCAUGCAGUCGCUCGCGGUGCUGGCGUCCUCCUUCGCCCGGCUUCAGUGGCCCGACCGCUCCCUCUUCCGCCGACUGGGCAUCUCCCUCACCUCACCCAACAACCGCAUCGGCACCCACACCGCCCUCAAACCCCAACACAUCACAGCCAUCGUCAAGGCAUUCAGCUCCAUGCGGUACCGCCACGACAGGCUGCUGGCGUACCUGACGUCAGUGCUGGUGGGCGACCGGUCGGCGGGUCGGCGGACGGCGCAGCACUGGAGGUAUGGGGGUGACGGGCGGCUGCCGCUGGCGCCACUGCCUGGGAGGAACGGUGUGGAUGUGUUGGGGUCUAUGACGGCGAGGGAGUGCGGAGUGGUGCUCGAGGGUCUGGCAAGACUGGGCGUCAGGGUGGAUACGGGGGAGGAGAGGCACCGUGGGCUUGUGGAGGCUGUGCUCCGGCAGUUCUGGAAGAUGAGAGGUGACAAAGGCAGAGGGAAGAAGGGAAAGCGGAAGAUACAUCGAUGAUAAGGAUGAUGAUGAUGAUGGUGUGUGUGUGUGUGUGUGUGUGUGAUGCACAGGCACGUCAGAUCUGUCGAACGACAUCAGGGUCCUAUAUGCCGAGGCCACGCUCCUCGCUCACAACAGCACAUCCAUUUCGUCCCCCCUCGCGCCCUCUCUCCUCGUCAAGACUGUCAACACAUCUCUCCACCAGUUGACCACCCCUGGGACGUCAGAGGCCUCAGCCACGUCCCCAUCAGCCUCAGCCUCCCCACUCCCGUCACCAGCCAUGCAGAUCGCCCUGACUCCGGCAGAUGUCGUGCGACUACUGUACGUCUAUGCCUAUCAUCGCGGGAAGGGUGUUCUGUCCGGCGAGAGAGAGAGGGCGUUGAUCGACGCGUGUGUGGAGAUGGUGCUGCCGUGCCUGGUGGGUGAGGAGGAGGGGGUAGGGACGGCCGAGCUGCCGGUGCUGGCUUGGAGCCUGGCGGAGCUAAAUGCGACUGACGGGUGAGUGAAUGCAUUCCCGUGCCGAUAGAGGACUGACCUCUGAUCGCUGCCUCCUGCCCUGUCCUCAGGCGUGCGUGGAAGGCCAUCCGGUCGGCUGCGGAGCACCACCUCGUGUCACUCCCAACAUGGGCCCUCCCCACCCUCUUGGCGCCACUCGCAGCCCGCGGCCAGCUGUCUGCCCGCCUCAAAGGCCUCACGGCAUCUCUCCUGUCCGAGCGGCUGGCCAUCCCCCUUCCCGAAGCCACGCAGGAGAUCACAAGGGCCGAUCCCCAUCCGCCUGUUGUGCCUCCUUAUGCUUUUGGUUCUGACUGGGACCGAGUGGUAUUGGGUGAGGAUUUAGUGCGGCUGCUGGAUGUGCUCGGGGUGGGCGUAGAUAGGGCGGGGGAUGGUGUUCGAUUUUUGGACGGUGUCGGGUCUGUCGAUGUCGAUAGGGUGAGAGAGAUGCUGAGGACGUGUUGACUGACUGCUGGCUUGUGUGGCCGAUGUCGGUAGCUUGACCGUGUGGAGCCAGCCCACGGCGAUUGGGAUUUGUGUCUUAAGGCAAAUCCAUAUGGCCGUCUACAGACGUCGGCAGACGAGGGAGUGAUG